GCCAUCCGGAAAAUGUCCCAGCGCGGGGACACCGACCUGGAGGAAGCGCUGCUCAGAUAUGCUGGGCAUGAAGACCUGGAGGUCCGCCGAACUGUGGUGGAACUCUUGGCGAUUGUGGCAACCAGCGGAAGUCGAUCGGAAGCCUUUCUGAGGUCAUUGGUGGAAGAUGAGGAGCUCGGUUCGACGGCAUCCAGCGCCCUGCGGAGAAUUCCCUAG